UUACAUCAUCGUCAUAAUGAACUUCAAACAGGUCAACCGGACAUCCUAGGCCUUGUAUUGAGGGAGAGAUUAAGAACUCUACAAAUACCUACAAAUAGGCGCCAUCCUCUAUAUCUUGUCGAAGUUCUCCUUUGCUUUUGCUUUUGGACCUUUCCUCCUAAACUGCCAAGACCAGCGCCUUCUUUAUCCCAAAAUAAUCCCUGGGUCCAGGCGCCUAGUGAAACAAAACGAUUUAGGCGCCGUGACAGACGAGCCAGCCAACGUCCAGAGCAAAUCUCACAAACACCCUCGUUCCUCCAUCAUCAUAAAUACUUCCUGAUACCCCUUGUCGUCCUUCUAUACUAUUUUCUCGCUAUCUCUACCUCUGACUGACCCUGGGUCAUUACCGUCACCCUAACCACGACCAUGGCGAGCCUCGUUGGAAAGCUUAUCACUAAGAGAAUCUUGAAAGAGAAAGUUGGCAACAACUUCGGGAAAGAGGACCCCUACUUUGAGACCGUCCCAGCGACUAGACUCGACGGCACACCUACUGGCAAAGUCAAGAAGCGCAAGAAGGCCUUGCCUCCUGGCGUAUCGGAUCACGAUGGCAAAGUCUUAACCAAAGUCAAGAGACGUGCGUGGCGACUCGACAUGUCCCUCUUCUCAAUAUGCGGAAUUCGAUUUGGAUGGGGAAGCGCCAUAGCAUUCAUUCCUGCUAUUGGCGAUGCCCUCGACGCUCUUUUCGCACUGAUGGUGUUCCGGACCUGCUGCCAAAUCGAAGACGGACUACCGACAUCCAUCAAGAUGAAGAUGAUGAUCAACAUCAUCUUCGAUUUCGUUCUCGGUCUCGUUCCUUUUGUGGGAGAUAUCGCCGACGCCGCUUUUCGAUGCAACACGAAGAACGCAGUGCUCCUCGAGGAGCACCUCCGGGAGAAGGGCAGGAAGAACCUGGAAAAAAGAGGCCUGCCGGUCCCUUCCGUGGACCCAAGCGACAGCGAAGCGUUUGAUAGGAUGGCGAGACAGGAAGGGCAAGGUUCAGAUGAUGGCAGCAUUGUUGAUAGGCAACCCCAGAGCCAGACCAUGGGGACGAGCCAUGGAAACGGACGUCAUAACGGACAGAGCAAAGGUCGCACGUUCAACCAGGACAGGCCGACGAACGCCCCUACAGUUCCCCCGAAGGCCGCAACCCGCGACAAUACGCGAUCCAGUUGGUUCGGAUUCGGUGGUCGUCAGAGAAGGAACGAUGUUGAAAUGGGGGCGCCGGCCGUGGAGCCGAGACGUUAGGGAUUACAGGUAGG